AAGCCACAACUAUCAAUGUUAAGUGAUAAACUUUGAAUAUCUGGAAAAUAAAAUGAGUACUUUAAAUAUAAAUAAUAAACAUAUAUCGACAUUAAAAGAGAAACUCACUCAAGAUCAGCAUCUAAUUAAUCCUUGUUUACAAGAAUAUAACAUCAGUGGGAAAUGCCUAGAGGACAAUAAAUACGAAGCUAAUAAUUGUAUAAUGCAAUUUGAAAAUUACAAGCUCUGUAAGAAAUUUUGGAGAGCGGUAAUGAUCAAUAGGAAGAUUCGAGGUAUAAAACCGUACCUCCCUUUGCCUGAAGAAAGAGAAAAAAUAAAAGAAGAGUACUUACAAUCCCGCAAAAAAUAGUACAGUUUUUUUAUGGAUGAUAGGUUUUGCAUAUAAUUUUAUAGCUACUUUAUAAACGUUAUUUAUAUCUACAAAAUCAUUUUUAUCAUAAUCUUGAAAUAUAUAAGAGAUGUAUUCCUAAAAUAGAUAACUCUUUGUUCAUUUCUAUAAUUACAUGGAUUAUAUGUAAAAGUAAAGUAAAUGCAAAACAGUCUUUUGUGCUUUUAAUUGUAUUAUUAAUGCAUUAAAAAUAUAUAGAUAAAAUGUG